AUGGUGGAGCAGGGAGACGCGGCGCCGCUGCUGCGCUGGGCCGAGGGCCCCGCCGUCUCCCUGCCGCAGGCCCCGGAGCUGCCGGCGGGAGGCUGGGCCCGGGGCGGCGGCGUCCGUCCGUCCGGGGAACCUCUGCGCCGCAGGGAGCCCGAGGCACCGAGCCCCUCCGAAGUGCUGCUGCAGCCGGGGCGCCUGGAGCUGGGCGACGUGGAGGAGGACCAGGUGGUGGCCGUGUUUGUGGUCACCUUCGAUCCCCGCUCCGGAAACAUGGUGGAAUGGUGCUUACCUCAAGAUAUUGACCUGGAAGGUGUGGAGUUCAAGUCUAUGGCCAGUGGGUCCCAUAAAAUUCAAUCUGACUUCAUCUAUUUUCGAAAGGGGCCCUUCUUUGGCCUGGCCUGCUUCGCCAACAUGCCCGUGGAGAGCGAGCUGGAGCGUGGCGCACGGAUGAAGUCAGUGGGCAUCCUGUCUCCUUCCUACACCCUGCUGUACCGCUACAUGCACUUCUUGGAGAACCAGGUCCGGCACCAGUUGGAGAUGCCAGGACAUUACUCUCACCUGGCUGCAUUCUAUGAGGACAAGAAAGGGGUACUCCAUGCUGGCCCUGGCAGAGGAGGCAGCCUGCCCCCUGUUUACUGGCUGCCCUCCAUCCAUCGCUACAUGUACCCUGAGAUGAAGAUCACACACCCAGCGGGUUGCAUGUCUCAGUUUAUCAAGUUCUUCGGAGAGCAGAUCCUCAUCCUGUGGAAGUUUGCCUUACUCCGAAAGCGCAUUUUAAUAUUUUCUCCUCCACCUGUGGGUGUAGUAUGCUACAGAGUGUACUGCUGCUGCUGCCUGGCCAAUGUCUCCCUGCCUGGCAUCGGGGGCACCGUCCCUGAAUCCAAGCCCUUCUUCUAUGUGAACGUGGCUGACAUUGAGAGCCUGGAAGUAGAGGUGUCCUACGUGGCCUGCACCACGGAGAAGAUAUUCGAGGAGAAGCGGGAGCUGUACGAUGUCUAUGUGGAUAACCAGAACGUGAAGACGCACCACGACCACCUCCAGCCGCUGCUCAAGAUCAACAGUGCUGACCGGGAGAAGUACCGGAGGCUCAAUGAGCAGAGGCAGAUGCUGCUGUACUCCCAGGAAGUCGAAGGGGACUACAACCCUUGUGAAGAGGACCUCUUUGUGCUGUUUUUCCUGGAGCAAAACAACCGGAUUUUUCAGACUUUGCUGGAGGUAUCGGCCAGUCAGGACAAAACUCUGACAGCUGAGCAUGCACGAGGCAUGGGCCUGGACCCGCAGGGAGACAGGAGCUUCCUCAUGGACCUGCUGGAGGCCUAUGGCAUUGAUGUCAUGCUGGUUAUUGACAACCCUUGUUGUCCAUAGGAAGAGUGACAUGGGACUGGUGAGCAAUUCACGUGGGGUGACAGGAGCCUGGAGCAUACCUUAGGCCCCUAACGGCUUCCCAUUUUUUAAAAACUGACACAAAGGAAGAUUGUUUAUACUUUCCAACACAUGUAAUUUUUGCAAUGUCCCUGGCAGGUGACUUAAGAUGGCCUUGGUUUUGCAUCCCACUUUGGUAGGCCACCGGAAUUAUCACUGUCUUCUAGGGCUAUUGGUUCUUUGGUUUCACCAUAGCAGUUCUGCCAGCAGGAGUGAGGUGAGCUCUGUCAAUACUGGAACGAACUGCUCAGGAAGCCUCUGUCUUUGUCCCUUGGAGGCAACCAUCUGCCUGGAAGCAGAAACUAAGCAGAUGACCAGGUCCUAGGAGUCAGAAAUGCUGGGGUCAUAUCCUCUCUCCUGUUCAUUUGGGCGAGUCUCUGUCUUCUGCACUCACGUCUUGAGCAGCGACCACAGAGAGGGACUGAGGAUUUUUCUGACACUAAAUGUGAGCUUCUCACGGAUGGGACAGUGGGGAGAGGUUGCUUAGUGGUCAGCUGUCAGCUAAAAUUAUGUAACAGUACCUUGAAAUCUUUCCUAAAGUAAGUGCCACUCAGUGUAAUGCUUUCUUGUUCGUAAAUUCUCCCCUGCCCACCUUGGCAUGGCUUGGUGAAUUCCCAAGAUUGGUGCCAGCCCUGGAACUUGCAAGAAAACUCAUUUGACAUUUUAGUUUCUUUUAAGGGCUGGACAUCUUCUUGGAAUAACUUGGAUGUUUUUGAAGGGUGUGGUGGUGGGUACUAGAGCAAGUGAGGGAAGAAGGUAUCUGGUCCUCUGUUCUUCUGGAAUGUUCAUUGGAGACAUACCCAGAAGCAGAAUAAAUCAGUAGAUUCUAAGAUGUAGCCAAGAACCCCAGCUGGUUGACUCAGAGGUGAACAUGGUAUUAACAAGACUGUUUACUGGUCUGGAGCCACACAAACUGCAGUUGGGUCCAGACACCUAACAGAUUUGACAGAGGAGUAUGACAGUGCCUUCCCCCAGGAGAAUGGCCGGAGUCCCUGACAGUGACAGACAUUCUUGCUUCCUUUGAUGGGUCCUGUGGUCACCUGCUUGUUUGGGCUUGAAUUACUUACAGCUGCCAGCUUCGGUGACAGAGCAGUUAGGAAGCCGCUCGUUCAGGACUUGGCUGAGACGCAGAGCUCAGCUUCCCCUGCCCUUCUCUUGCCUGGCUUUGUUGUGGGAACAGCUAGCCAUCAAGCACCCGCGUGUGAGGCCAUGCCUAAUGUCCACAGCAGGCACACAUAACUUCAGGUGGAUGCGACAUGCCUUUUACCUCAAGUCUAAGUUCCUGGGGCCUGUUGCUCUUCUCAGAAGUAUUUUUCUGUAUUUCCUUCAUAUGGAAAUCAAAAGUGAAGAGAUUCAUGUGUGUGGAAAUGCAAACAGACACUAAUGGAUCAAGGUAGCAUCUGUUAGGUACAUAAGUAAGCUUGGGCAUUGGCCUGCAAACCAUAAAACUAAUAGAUUUUCCUCCUCUGCAGUGUGGGUGUAGCUGUAUCAUUCUAGUAACUUCUGUGUUCAGCAGUCCACUUCCUCUUUAUGGCUGUCUUCUCUUCAUGCUUGCAAGGCUGAGAAAGGACCUUCUGGCUUGGGUCAACUAAGGUUUCUUCCAGUGGUCUCCAAGAGCUUGGGGCUUGCUAAGUUGGCAGUGGGUAGCCAGAGAUAGGCACGGGAGUGAAAGGAAAGGUCUGCUUCUCCUGGGGAACCCAGCUAGAUCUUCUCUCUCUGGAAUUGAAUGAGUUCCUGGACGCAGUUCCUGAGACCUUCUCCCAGAGCCUUCGGCCUUCAGCCACUGUUGCUUCCUGUGCUGUGGUAACUUCAAAGCUCAGAAACACACAUGCAAAGACAGCAAGGGUGACAGAAAGGUUCCUGAGCUGUCCCUUGGUGAGCCGGGGCUUUGGCUUCUCUCAGCUAGGUAGCUAUCUUUCUGGCAUCUCCUGUUUUCCCCACCACCACCACCAUACUGAUGCCGGGCCGGGGUACAGGUGGUCCCAGAGGGGAGCACACGCAUGGGGUGGUGCCAUGUUGUAGGUCACAGGGCCUGGGCUCAACUGAUGCCAAAGCAAAACUUCUUGUGUAACAUCUCCCUUAGUCCUUCCUUACCUUGCCAAGCUUCUUCUGGGGCCAGUAAUUGGGCACAGAGCCUCUGCUGGGCUGAACAGCUUGUAUGUUAGCUCCUCAGAGAAUGUCCUGGGAAGUGAAGCCUUGCUUAGGACCAGACGGCUCCUUGUGGUGGAGGUUAGCAGGUGCAAGCCAGCGUCGCGUGCUGCUCACUCCCUGUAAGGUAAGGGCUCUGUGACGUCCUAAGCAGGAGUCCCUCUUCACUGGUAGAAGAAGCCACAUGGAACCGCUCUUAAGCUGUUCCCGAAUUAUUUUGAGAAGCCCUCUGUUUUUGCUUGGAGGAUGUUGGUACACAGUCUCCAAGCCUUGCAGGUCAGAGAGCUCCGCUGGUAGCGUUUGCCUAAGCCGACGGAGCCCUUCCGGGAGGACUGGGCCUGCUGGGCCACACUGAGCCACGUGCUGACGUGGAACUCCUCGCUGACCUUUCAUGCCGGGCUGCCUGAUCGUUCAACAAGCAUUUCCUGGCGGCCACACUUCUCGUGGGGAGUAGCACCUAGGUUUUAGAUUUGUUAACGUCCACAUUAAGUAUGACAAAAGCCUAUCAAAGUAGAUGUUUCCAGUUUUAUAGGCAUAACCGUUGGUAAUGAAUACUCAGGAUUUGAGACAGUGAUGCCUGGUCCAGGAGGCCUUAGCUUUGGGUUAGACAUGCAGCUUCCCAUGUGCCUGCUGUGGAUCCAUUGUAACAGUCUCUCACCUGCACUCCGUGCAGUCCUGUCGGUUAUGAACACAAUGAGGCAGGAGUCAUCUGCUUCCUCACCCACCCAUGCAUUCUGGCUCUCUUCUUCCAUCUGGCUGAAGAGGGGCAGCUCAGUUCAUCCAGGACACACAGAAGUUUCCCCGGGAACUUUUUCCUGUAACUUAACUUGCUGUGAAACACAGUGGAAAUCACAGAAGUUAACAGCACCACUCAGAUCUAGUAGUGGCAGAUGCUAUCCAUGAAGGCUCACUUAUUUACUUACUUAAGAUAGUUUAGCCUGACAAGAAAGGUAAGUGCAAUCACAGAGAAAAAGCUGUCUUCACGCUGGUGGCUAGAAGGGUGAACCAGCUAAUUCUCUUGAUGAACUGAAAGCCCAUCAAGCACAAUAAAAAGGUGAAGUUACUCAGCUUUCCCCUGAACAUUUCAGUGGACCUUGUAUAAAGAGUGGCAGUGAAUUCACCUUCCCAUGGCAGACGUCAACCUCUUCAAAGAGGCAGGGACCUCAGGAGCCGCCGCACCCCCCGUUUGAUACUGCAUAGCCCAGAGAAUGGAUUGAGAGGAUUUCUCUAGGCUCAGUGUUGAUCAUCCUUAGAGGGGAUCAAGAAGGAAAUAGGGGAUGUGGAUGAAUAAAAUUACAAGAUAACGCUCAGCUUGGCAGUGAGUUUGCCUUAGCGUGAGAACAGUUCCAAAGUGGGCAAGAAAAUUAAUAUGGAGGUCAACAGGUCUUCCGUGGGCUGCUGUCUCACCUAAUUUGGGGCCAGGCUGGUAGGCUAUGAAUCUGAGAGCUGUCCAGCCCUCCCGUCUCCUUCCCGUACCUUAUAGUUACAUCCUGUGGUGAGCCUCCCAGACUUAGCUCCGCAGGCCCAGUUUUACCCCUUCUCAUGUCAGGAAAACCCUUCUCUGACUCAGGUAGAGGGAAGAGGAGGAGGUAAGUUUCCUUUUAAACCCGUGUCAUGGGUUUUUACUGAUCCAUUUUUAUUACUGAUAUACCUCUGCGCUGUGCCCAGGAGCUAUGGGAGUAUUAAAUGUUAUGGGAAAAGGCUAACUGUGAAUUAUGUUAAUGUUUUUCUUAUGAGAAAUGGAAGUUUUAUUUUUAUAUCAAUGUUACUGUGUGACGAACUGAGUACAAAGAUGUUGAAAUGGAAGGAAAUUUCAAAAGUAUAAUCCAAGGAGAAAUGGGUAUUAUUGUAAUUUAGUAGCAGCUGGGACCUUGGACACUUCAGAGUGAACAAGGGCAUCGCGCUGUGAGAUCUCGACACCACUCCCUUCAGAGAACACUGACUGGCCCUGGAACCACACCCUGGAGGGAAACGCCAGGGUAGAUGGGGGUAAAGGUGAUCUUCUGGUGACGUGGGAAUGAAAUGGGAAGUAGUUUUGUAACUGGCACUUUAAUUCACUUUAGCAGGCUGGAAUUUAUAGAGUCAGAGUGACAGAAAUUUGGAAAGAGAUUAGGAUUUUUUUUUUUGGGGGGGUGCUAUAUAGGGAAAUGAAGGUGGAUAAAUAAAGCCCUGCUUUCACCAUUUUAGAAUUAUUCUAGAGUUUUAGCAUAGCACCAAAUUUUAGAGCUUUGAUGACCCAAAUUGAGAAAGUUUAUUUAACAUCAUAGGAUAGGUGUGAAUUGCUUUACAUUUUCAGUAGAACGCUUACUCAGAACAGUGAUGAGUUUAUCUUGCUUUCUGAGGACUGUUGGGGCCCAUGGGGUAAAGUAGGGUUUUAUAAACUGGGCAUAGAUUGAUAUAAAAAAAUGAAAAACUCACAGGUCAAGUUAGCUGGUUGCAAUUGAUACUGAUAUUAAAAUGAAAACUCCUUCCUUUGGGCAAAUUACAGCAAAGCUAAAUUAUAUAAGCAUUCAAAAGGGAAGGUUUGGGUCUGCAUGUCUGUCAACAAUGGUGGCUUCUGUGUUCUGGAACAGAACAGGACUUCAGGGUGAACACAGUGGCAACCAAAAGGAACCUCCUUUAAUUGCCCAAAACUUGUUGGCUAAAUUUUUGUAUAGAUCUGGAAUAACCAACCUUUCCUUAAAAAGGACUAGUUGUUACCUUGGAAACCCAUUUUCCUAUUUUUUUUUUCUUUCAAAUUAGGAUCAGCAUAGUGUCCCUGUUGCCUUAAAUGUACACACCUAUUUUGAGUAAUAACCACAGCCCAAGAGUCCUAGCAAUAAGAAAAACUGAAUCUAUUUUCAUUUCAAGUGUUUACCUCAUAGGACAUCAGAAACACACUUCCUGAGUUUUGCUCCACUACUGCUGUAGACACGUGUGGAACUCUCACUUGCUCUCUCUCUCUUCAAUUGUGAUCAUUUAAAAGGCCUGAAGAAAGUUGGGGUUAAUACUGAUGUUGCUUGAAUUAACUCUGUUCUGUGAUACAAAUAACAUCUGUGUAUAUCAUAUCUGUAUAUAUUUGAACCAGGUUGUGUGCAGAGAAGUUGAUAUAACUAUAUUUACAGAAAGAAAUUUUUACAAUUAAAGCUUACAUUUUAACAUGA